AUGGGUCUCAAAAAAUUUCUAUUCGAAAACGAAGCUGUGCAUGGCAUCAACUCUCCCUCUGAUUACCUUUAUAUUAAGAUCUUGCGCUUCACUCUACGCGUCAUCGCUUCUUGGCCUCAGAAAGAGUUAGGAGAAAAGGAACCCGUUGCCUUGAACACAUUUUUAAAGUACUUUUACUUAUUGGCUACUAUUGGCUGCCAACUUGGUGCUAGUUUGUACCUCAGAGCCUAUAAUAAUGAGCUUACUUUCUUGGAAGCCGGUCACACUUAUCUCAUGAUUUUUAUGACUUUCAUCGAUAUAUCAAGAAUAGUCACGCUGACAUUUUCCCAGAAAUAUCGGAAAUUGAGUAAAGAAUUCUUCACUGACAUCCAUCUGUUCUACUUCAAAGAUAAAUCUGAAUAUGCUAUGAAGACACACAAACAAGUCCACUUGAUGUCUCAUCUGUUUACAUUAUGGCUACUAUCGCAAAUGCUAUUUGGUUUGUCUUGUUUCAACCUGAUUCCAAUGUACAACAACUACGUGGCUGGAAGAUACAGGAGUGGGGGGACACAAAACUCUACUUUUGAACAUUCCCUUUAUUACAAGUAUCCAUUUGAUACCUUUACUGAUAUUAAAGGAUAUCUCCUUGCAAAUAUAAUUAAUUGGGCGUUGUCAUAUCUCUGCGCUACCUGGUUCUGCAUGUUCGAUCUUUUACUAUCUUUAAUGGUGUUCAAUAUUUGGGGUCAUUUCAAAAUGCUAAUUAACAUGCUGAACAAUUUUCCCAGACCAAGUUUAGAGACUAGCUGUUUAGUAGAAGAUGGUGUUACAUUAACACAUGCCAAAUAUACUGAAGAACAACUCGUUGAAGUUUCUAAGAAGUUAAAAGAAUGUGUUGAUUAUCAUCGACUGAUUUUAGAGUUUACCCACAAAGUAUCAAAAGUAUUUGGGCCGAUGUUGUUCGCAUAUUACUUAUUUCAUCAGACAAGUGGAUGUUUGUUAUUGCUCGAAUGCUCACAAAUGACGGCGCCAGCCAUUAUGCGUUAUUUGCCUCUGACAAUAAUAACGACUCAGCAACUCAUUCAGUUAUCUGUCAUAUUCGAACUUAUUGGCAGUGAGAGUGAAAAAAUACUAAACGCAGUAUACAGUGUGCCAUGGGAAUGUAUGGAUACGAAAAAUAGGAAGUUUUUUGCCUUCUUUUUAAUGAAUGUGAGGGAGCCGGUACAUGUGAAGGCUCUAGGUGUUGCUAAUGUUGGAGUUACUUCUAUGGCGGCGAUUUUGAAAACUUCACUAUCGUAUUUCGCAUUUUUACGCAGCAUCUGA